AUGAGAUCCAUUAAAUGUGUAGUUAUCGGUGACGGUGCUGUUGGUAAGACUUCUUUAUUAAUAUCUUACACAACAAACACAUUUCCACAAGAUUACGUACCUACAGUGUUCGACAACUAUACUACAACCAUCUCAUUAAGAGACCCAAAUGCACCUGCUCUACCACCUUCCUCUUCUUCUACCAAUAUUUUGAAUGAACAAGAUAGUCAUUCCGGUCCGCCUUCAACACAUUCUAAUGAACAUUUAAGAGUAUUUAAAUUAAAUCUUUGGGAUACAGCAGGCCAGGAAGAGUACGAUAGAUUAAGACCGUUAUCAUAUCCUCAAACAGACAUUUUUUUGAUUUGUUUUUCCGUUACUGAAAGAAAUUCUUUUAGAAACGUUUGUGAUAAAUGGUUACCUGAAUUAAAAUCAAAUUCAAAUAUUGAAAAUAAUCCUUUAUUCACUAAAUUCCGAAAAUUACCAAUACUUUUAAUUGGCACGAAAGCUGAUUUAGAAGGGACUAUUCCAGAAAACGACCCUCAAUAUAUCUCUAAAAAGGAUAUUGAAAAAUGCGUUAAAGAUAAUGGAUUUAUGGGUUACGUAGAAUGUUCUGCAAUGACCCAAAUUGGUGUUAGAGAUGUCUUUGAAAGAGCCAUUGAUGCAGUUGUAUUUGAACCGGAAAGGUUGGCUAAUAAACAGAAAAAAUCAAUUAUACCAGAUAUUGGCAAUAAUAAUAAUAGCAACAACAACAACAACAUAAAUACAACCACCACCACCACAGCUAUAAACUCAAAUGAUGUUGGUGAUUCCCAAUUAACAUCUCCUGUGAAAACCAACUCUACUAAUAUAAUCACUAAUUCUAAUCAUAAACAACAACAACAACAAUCUAAUAGUACCAGUGGAAGUUCUCAUCGUCAUAGACACUCACACAAUAAGGAAAAGUUACCAUCAACAAACGGUACUAGUAAUUCAUCAUCGAAGAAAAAUAAAAAUAAAAAGAAGGACAAAUGUGUGAUAAUGUAA